GGGAGCUAUCCCGGCGGGCCGCGCGCGCGGCGGCGUUUGAAUGGCCGUUCCUGGAUCUCGGCCGGGGAGCCGAGGGAUAGUCUGGGCUGCCGGGCGCAGUCGGUCAGCGCCUGGGCUGGGCGGAGGCGCCGGGGUACCAUGAGGCGCCGGUAUUUAAGAGAUUAUGGCAUCUGAAACCCACAAUGUUAAAAAACGCAACUUUUGUAAUAAUACUGAGGAUCAUUCCAUUGAUCUUCCUAGAAAAAGGAUCUCUAAUUUCACUAAUAAGAACAUGAAGGAGGUUAAGAAAUCUCCAAAACAGUUGGCUGCUUACAUAACUAGAACAGUUGGACAAGCUGUGAAAAGCCCAGAUAAACUACGUAAGGUGAUCUAUAGAAGAAAGAAAGUUCAUCAUCCUAUUCAAAAUCCUUGUUACAGAAAAAAGCAGUCCCCUAAAAGUGGGGGCUGUGUCAUGGCAAAUAAAGAAAAUGAACUGGCUUGUGCAGGCCACCUCCCUGAAAAAUUACGGCAUGAGAGUCGAACAUAUUUGAUUAACUCCAGUGAUUCUGGUUCUUCACAGACAGAAAGCCCAUCAUCAAAAUACAGUGGCUUUUUUUCUGAAGUUUCUCAGGACCAUGAAACAAUGGCACAGGUUUUGUUCAGCAGGAAUUUGAGACUGAAUGUAGCUUUAACUUUCUGGAGAAAGAGAAGUAUUAGUGAACUUGUAGCAUAUUUAGUAAGGAUAGAGGACCUUGGAGUUGUGGUAGAUUGCCUUCCCGUGCUCACCAAUAGUUUACAGGAGGAAAAACAGUAUAUCUCACUUGGCUGCUGUGUAGAUUUGUUGCCUCUAGUAAAGUCACUACUUAAAAGCAGAUUUGAAGAAUAUAUAAUAGUUGGUUUAAACUGGCUUCAAGCAGUCAUAAAAAGGUGGUGGUCAGAACUAUCAUCCAAAACAGAAGUUGUGAACGAUGGAAAUAUUCAGAUUUUAAAACAGCAAUUAAGUGGAUUGUGGGAACAGGAAAACCAUCUUACUUUGGUUCCAGGAUAUACUGGUAAUAUAGCCAAGGAUGUAGAUGCUUAUUUAUUACAGUUGCAUUGAAAGACUUCAUCUAUAGCAUUUGGCUAUUCAGAACAUCCUUGGACUAUAUGAUUUCCCCAAAAAUAUCUCAUCUGAGAACUGUGAACUAUGGAAGAAAUCAAAACCAUUUUUUCCUCUAAAGAAACGUAUGAUGAAACCACUAAUGAAAUGCUACCGAUCUGCUUCACAUUGAAGUGGAAAAAGAUCCAAAAGGAGCAGCUUCAGCUUCAAUGAGGUGAAAGUGCACUACGGAGAUUGUUCACCUCUGCUGCGUUUGGGAUUUAUAUGGUUAUUUGGUAACAUUGUUUAAGAACUACUGGGUCUUAAUGCAAUCCUGCAUAAGAAUAUAAUUUAUACUAUGUGAAAAAUAAGACAGGACUUAUUACUAGGAAUCACAGAGACCAAUCAUCAUUACUUUUUUUUAAGAUUGUGUUUUAUAAGAAAACACUUAUAUGUGUGCAGCUACUAUUUUCUUAUGUUGAAAAGACUUUGAAAGUUUAAACCAUUAUAGCAAAUAAUCAGUACUAAAAGUUUUUUGUUCACACUGAGAUACUGUGUAUGCAAAAUGCCUUAAUUAUUAAUAAGCCAAUGUGUAUGAUAACAAUAUCUGUUUAAGAAAAUUAAAAGCAACCAUGCUUCUGGCAUGAUAAAAUCAUGGAAUUAAAUCAGGGGUUUCCAUUCAUGUAGAAUGUUGUUAAAACUUAUUCUACACCGUUCUUAAAACUUGAGAAUAUUUUUAGUAUCUCUGAUUUUUUUUUUUUUUUUUGCCAGAAUCAUGUCAUGUAUGUAUGUAUGUGUUACUCCUAUAUAUAAGAAAAAGGCGAAUCUGUAUUUGUAUGAAUGCUUAACUGGAAAUGUCUAUGGAAUUGACUAAUUUAUAUUCACUUUUUAUUGUAUAUAGAUUUCUGAUAUUUUCAGUUCUGUAUCAUUUAAAGUUUUCUUCAUUUGAGUAAAUUGACUAAAUAUUUCUAUUUUUUGCUUUUUUAAGUUCUGAUUUUAUAUGAAUUCUACUUUUUUUCACUACAUAUGUUUAAAGAAUUACAUACAAUGCUUUAGAAAUGUUUACACUUAGUGCUGACCUUGUAUUUUAAAUUCCAACACUUUACUACCUCCUCCAAAGGUUGGUAUGAAAUGCCAGCAGACUGUAUGAGGUCUCUCUUUUAUUUUAACACCAUUUUUAGUAUCAGAGAACCCACUUCUGGAAUGUCUUAACAACUGCAUACAUUACCUUGAAAGUAAUUGGGGUUUAAAUACCACUGUUGGUGGUUCGCAUAUCGUCUCAUCUUUAAUAAGCCUGAGAGGCAUCUGAACAAAGACUUUCAGUAAUUGAAUUUCUGUGCAGUAAUCCUUUUAAGCACUUGAAUGUAAAUCUUUAGCAUUUACCCAAUUAGCCACUACUAAUGUGAAUCUGAAACACGCAUCUUCUUGCUUUAAAAAAUGUUUUUUCACUGAGUUCUUUUUUGUGUAGCUAUAUUUUAUAUAGCUAUGUAUUCCUCACAGUGAACAUCAGUUGUAGUAACUGAUUAUUCUCUAAAGGUUUUAGAUUAGAAUAAUUUCAAGUUACUGCAUUUCUGAGUUUUGAGAGUUGAGUUAUUUAAGAAGUCGUUUUUCAGGGGGUGGGAAUUUGAAUUGUAAACCUGCAUCAUCUCUGUGAAACCUUAAGAUGAUGAAAUAUAACCUUUCUUUGUUCCUGUU